CGUGCAUCGGCCUUUCGGACUGCCACCUCGCCAAUGGAGAGAGCCAUGUCUUGUGCGGUGAAGAUGGCGCGUGUGCCCCACUCAACUUCCUCUCCACUAUCAAACGCCUGGGUAGUAGCUAGUGCACCAGUAGUAUAGUUCGUGCCCUACUUUGUACCUGGAUUAUGCUACGCUCAUAGCUGUAUCUGUAGUACAACUUUUACCGUUAGUGUACGCGGUCGGUCACAUCGUUCGCUGUCUUACCUGCUUUUUGCUGUGAGUGUGCACGGAUUUCAGGAGUGAAGUGAUACAGGAUUAAGCCCUCGUCUUUACCGGUUCGUCACACCGCUACAUUUUUUUCGCAUUUAUGCUGACUGCCCGUUAAAUGGAAAAAAAUGUCCUCUCUGGGAAUUAUGACCCUUACGCGUGCCCCGUGUGAGCUCGACAAGAUGAGCCUCUUCCAGGACCUGAAACUAAAAAGAAGAAAAGUAGACUCACGGUGUAGCAGUGACGGCGAAUCUGUCGCCGAUACUAGUACAUCCUCGCCAGAUCUCGUCAGCCCUUCAUCGCCUAAAAUGUCAGAAGCUGUUCUGAAUCCGCCUAGCCCCGACUCCACGCCCAUCCAAAUUCAUCCCCCGGAACCAACGUUGGACAAAAUCUCCAGUCGCCUCGAGGAUUCCGGAGUUUUCGACGGUGGAGGCACGGCUAGCGUCAUUCGAAGUCUUCCCGUUGUGCGAUCGCAAAGUCCGCCUCUCCGGCCUGCUCCAACAUCUAGCCCCUGCCAGCCCCCGCGUCCUCACAGUUCGCCUGGCCGCCCUGCCAACGCAUCCCCAGUCAUCAUUCAUAACCCUUCAGUUGUACAGCCCACGAGCUCUCCCUCCAAGUUAUCGAUGGAACCGACGUCGUCCUCGCCCUCCCCCAUGCCUCCCAAGCGAGGGGUCAUCAUCACUCACCCGACCUCCAUUGCGCAGAGUCAGCUGUGGAUGAAGCACUCCCGUAUUAACGGGGUUAAACCUGAGCUGAUUGGGGGAAACUUCAGUGGGUACCCAGAGCUUAAAUCGCCAACGGGGGGGAGCCCCAUGAGGCCUGGUGGUACCACUCCUGUACGACAAACGCCCACCGUCAUCAUGGGUGAAGCCGGGGGUGUUAGAACCAUGAUUUGGUCGCAACCUAGCAUGAGCGCCAGCCCUACCUCACCGGAAGCGCAACACCACGCAACCACCAGCUGGGGAAGCAGCACCAAUGUGUCCAACACGGAAGAAAGCGCAGCUCAGAUGUUGCUCAAUUUGGGGCAAGAUAGACUGAGAUCCCCGGUGGCGAGGACGUUAGUGUCGCCCCAGUCACCUUCCACUGCUCAUUUUGGAGGUGCUCCUUUGAACAUGGAGAGGCUAUGGGCGGGGGAUUUAAGGCAGCUUCCGGUGAACCAGAGUCCGUUGAAUUUGUCGUCACCGACUCCGGGUCCUCCGGUGUACUCAGAGGUGAAGAUGAGCGAAACAACAGGGGAGACACAAGAGGCAGCAGAAGAGGAGGAACAGCCUAUGAUAUGCAUGAUCUGUGAAGAUAAGGCCACUGGGUUGCAUUACGGAAUUAUUACGUGUGAGGGAUGUAAAGGGUUCUUCAAAAGGACGGUGCAGAACCGCAGAGUGUACACAUGUGUGGCGGAUGGGAACUGCGAAAUCACCAAAGCUCAAAGGAAUAGGUGUCAGUACUGUCGUUUCAAGAAGUGCAUAGAGCAAGGAAUGGUUCUGCAAGCCGUGAGAGAAGAUCGAAUGCCAGGAGGAAGGAACAGCGGCGCAGUUUAUAACCUGUACAAGGUGAAAUAUAAAAAACAUAAAAAGCCUGCUUGCAAACAACCACAGAAGGCUGCGGCGGAGAAGAACAUUCUGAGCCAACAGUUCAAGGUGGAACAACCAUCCAGUAUUCCAGCUAACCUAGUCAACGGGACCAUACUGAAAACAGCUUUAACGAAUCCCAGUGAAGUUGUUCGUUUGAGACAAAGGUUGGACAGUGCAGUUAGUAGUUCGAGGGACCGUAAUUUCUCAUUAGAAUACUCUUUAUCUAUGAUAAAAACACUUAUAGACUGUGAUGAAUUUCAAGAUAUAGCUACUUUGCAAAAUUUGGACGAUUUAUUAGAUCAUAAUACGGACCUGAGUGAGAAACUUUGUCAUAUCGGUGAUUCUAUUGUUUAUAAACUUGUGCAAUGGACGAAACGACUUCCAUUUUAUUUAGAACUACCUGUAGAAGUUCACACUAGACUCUUAACGCAUAAGUGGCACGAGCUUCUCGUUCUCACGACGUCGGCGUACCAGGCCAUUCACAAAACGGGUGAUCAGUUAACUACUGUUAUUAAAACGGACUUCAACCAUGAGGUAGAGACGAAUCUUUGUACACUUCAAACUUGUCUUACGUCCAUGAUGGGAAGGGAAAUAACCAUCGAGCAACUUCGCCAGGAUGUUGGUUUGAUGAUAGAGAAAAUAACCCAUGUGACGUUAAUGUUUCGCCAGAUCAAACUAACUAUGGAAGAAUACGUGUGCCUUAAAGUAAUUACAAUGCUAAAUCAAGCUAAACCUGCCACUAGUUCCGGUAACAAUAGUGAAUUGGACAGCAUACAUGAGCGAUACAUGACGUGCCUACGUGUUUACACACAACAUAUGUAUCCUCAACAGUCGCAGCGAUUUCAAGACUUACUAAGUAGACUGCCAGAGAUACAAUCUGCCGCAGCACUUCUCCUAGAUAGUAAGAUGUUUUACGUUCCUUUUCUUCUAAAUUCAGCGAUUCAGAGGUAGUACAUAAGUACAACACCUGUAGAUAAGAUUCGUAAAUGAUAUUUAUACAGAAACUAAAGAUGUAUAUAUUCGGUGCAUAUAGACGGACAUAAAUUCACAUAAUAUAAUUUGUUGAACAUCUGAUAUUUAUGUUUUAAUGACCUGUUAACUGUAAAUUAUCUUCACGCGUAUAUUAUGUAGAAAAAAAUUAUAUACAUAGAUAAAUUAUAUGAUUUUAAAUGUGAAAUGCAUCGUAAUCACUUCAUGACUAUGGAAAAAAGAAAAUGAAUCAAUCAGAUCUUAAAGCACGAAAUUGUUGUGUGCGGACGACCGCUACAUAAGUCUGAGUAAGUUGCCUUCUAUUUGUUGUAAAAUGCCGUACCGUAAGUGAUUUUUUGAGGAAGAAAAACUGAAGAAAUUAUCUACAUCACAGUUCCUCAUUUUUAGUUCAUAUUGGGUUACAUAAAUAAUUUACGGUACCGCACUAUUACAUCAUCAAAUAUCUUAUAUAUUUACAUUAGAUGAUUAUAUAAAUGUAAUAAUUGAUAUGACAAGUCAUGCGGAGAUGCGAAUGGAUCGUUUCCGCAUGGCUGAAUACGAUGUCGUAUGUUAUGACUGCCAAUUUUGUACGUAAGUUACCAGUGCAACCAAGUAUGUGUACAAAUUGUCGUUCCUUUGAGUUUUGAUAAGACUAUUAAUCUUUUCAUGUAUACACUGUAAAACUAUACAUUU